AUGCCUUUUUGGGCCGUGAAGAGUCGGUGGUUUCUAGCUGCAUGUGGCCUGAGCCAGGAGCGUCCAGAGCUUCCCCUUUCACACUUGAGCUGUAGCUGUGAUCACGGCUGGGCUCGUGUGCCGGCUGCAGAGAGAUCUCUGGGCCACCGUCUUUCCGCCUCCCGGCAGGUUUCAACCAUCCAGCAGAAGGCCCAGCCUCUGUGCUGUGACUUCAUGGGUGGAGAAGCGGGGAGGGUCUCGCCAGUUCUGUCGCCAAGUGUGCGGGGCUGGGCCUGCCCUGCAUUGGCGGGGGCGGGGGGUGGUGGAGUAGGAAAGUGA